AUUCACUUCAGUUGCGCAUCUUUCAGAAUUCUCACAGUCUCUCUAUCUCUCUCUCACUCUUUGUUUUCUUGAAAAUCUAAACACUUUCACGUAUUUAAAGCAAAGAAGUGAUUCUUGUUUGCAUCUCAGUCACUCUCAUUCACUUUGAUUCCAAGAAAGGAUCAAACAACAUUCUUCUUCCUCUUUAUUCUUGAAUGCUUUUAUGUUUGGAAAGGCUAUGUUUUUAAGCCGGUGCUGACAGUUAAACAAUGGCGGGUGAAAUUGAAGAACCUUUCGGGCUUGGUUUUCAGGCAGAUUCUCUUCAUUCAGGCUCUAUCUCAUUUGGAAGAUUUGAAAAUGAAGCUCUAUGUUGGGAGAGGAGGUCAUCCUUCUCCCACAACAGGUAUCUUGAAGAGGUCGAGAAAUGCUCUAAACCAGGUUCUGUUAUUGAGAAGAAAGCUUACUUUGAGGCCCAUUUCAGAAAGAAGGGGUUGCUGGGUCUCAGUUCACCUGGAAGCCAGAAGGGGACAGAAUACCAAACCAGUGAAAAUGAUGUCUCGGAGAAGAUGGGUUUUGACGAGGAAAUUAAUCACAUGAGUUUAGAAACGCAUUCUCAAUGCUUCGAUGAAAGCCUGGAUGGUUCAGUACACGAUAGAGAGCAUGAAGUGAUGGAACAUGAUAAGGAAGUGUUUGGGACAUCAACUUCUAAUGCUGAAAUUGCAGUUUCAUGCGAUAGUUCCUACAAUGUCAAGUGUCUUUCUGAACAUGAGAAUGUAGAAGAAGCUGACCAUGCUCAACUUGGAAGUUUACUUUCAAUCGAAUCUGGAUCAGUAAUUGAAGUGAAAGAGAAACUUGAUGGUGAAGCAGCCUACUUAGAUACAAACAAUGUCUCAGAUAUGACCAUUGACCUGUUCAGCGUUACUCAUGCGACUGAUGAAAUAGCUGCCAAUGCCAAAGAUGAACAAAGUUUAUCAUCCAAGGAAGAAUUUCCAUCAGAGCCUGAAUAUAUGAAGCCAAGAUUGGUGUCGCGGGUUAGUGUUGCACAGAGCAGAAUAUCUGUUCCUGGCAAAGCAUCGAAAGGCUCAGAAAAGAGUAAAACAGCAAACAAUGUUCUAUUCAGAUCUAAAGCAGAAAGAAAGACUUCAGAAGCUGCUGGUCAGGACAAAUCUGUAGCAAAGAUAAUGCCUAAACAUGAGGUUGGAUCAAAAUUACAAGGAUUUAAAGAGACCAAAAGGGGUGAAAAAGAAUCAAUUAACAAAAAAAUGACAGAGCCUCAGUCUUCUACGUGGCCGAAAGGUUCCAGUAGAGUGUAUCAAAGGGCAAACAGGGUCAGGCCAGCUGCUGGUAAAAUUGAACCAAGCACAAAACAGGAUAGUUCUAGGUUCAGUUUCAAAUGCAAUGAGCGUGCUGAGAGAAGGAAAGAGUUUCAGUUUGAUAUGAAGUUAGAGGAAAAAAUGCAUGCAAAAGAAGCUGAAAUGCAUCAACGUCGGGCAAAGACUAAGGAGAAGACAGAAGCUGAGAUCAAGCAGUUGAGGAAAAGCCUCAACUUCAAAGCCACACCACUGCCUUCCUUUUAUCGUGGCACUUUACGGGAGUCGGAUAGAAAGAAGGCAAUUGCUAGCAAUGUAGAACCACGCAAACUAAAGCCCAAAUCAACAAAUACUGGUGGCAGAAAUCAUCAAAGGUCUUCAGCAGGCAAAGGCCAAGCAAUUUUUACUGCUGCACCUCCAAAGACAACUGAUCCACCACCAGCCUCAGGAUCGACCAGCUGCCAUUCCACAGUGACUUCAGACAGCGGUCCGUCAUCUCCUGCUGCAGAGACAAGCUAUGGCCAUUGUUCUCAAGCGAGAAUAAAAACUCUGGUGGGGUGGAAGAAAGAAAAAGAGGAGAAGCAAGCAAAUUUGCGAAAAGACAAACUCUCUGCAGGUGGUAAGAUCUACAAGGGCAAAGCAAUGGGUGAAAAGCAAAAGAAAAGAACUGAGAAGACCAAAGGUGACACGGUAGUCAGUUUGGCUUCUUGACUAUGGUAAUUUGCAAUCGCCAUUGAUCGUCUUGCUCGUCUCUAACUCGCCCUGCCUUUUCUCUGUUUGAUGUUAUGAUGAGAAGAAAAGCAUGAAAGAGGUGUCUCUAGUUUAGACAAUAAAUAUGGUAUCCGCGCGCAUUUGCUUAGUGACAUGUUUUGAUGGUUUGGCUUCCCAUCGGAAUCAGAUGCAGCAGAUGAUGUACAUUAUAGUUGUAUGUGUCUAUUGUGAAAAGUUAAACUAAACCACAAGACUCUUGCGUUGUAUUGGUUGGUAUGAUUAGUAUUUAAGUGGUGAUUGAGAGUCAUCCAAUUCAACUUAAA